AAUCGAAUAUUGAAAAAUGUCCCAAAUCAUAUGAUCGAAAAAAUUUCUUGCCUGGCAAAAAUUUUCUUUUUCAAGACGACGAAACGUAACUUUUGGAGUAAGCGCAUAUAAUUUUAUCAAGUGUACUCCUUUAGAUCUAAUUGGAAAUUCGCUGCCCAGCAGUCUGAAAAUAAAUUUUGUGCAUUAGCAGGGUUGUAUUAUAAAAAUCUUCAAAAAUGGCUUUAAGCGACGCAGAUGUACAAAAACAGAUUAAGCAUAUGAUGGCCUUCAUUGAGCAAGAAGCUAAUGAAAAAGCCGAAGAAAUCGAUGCAAAGGCCGAGGAAGAAUUUAACAUCGAAAAAGGACGUUUGGUCCAACAACAACGUCUUAAGAUCAUGGAAUACUAUGAAAAGAAAGAGAAACAAGUUGAACUUCAAAAGAAGAUUCAAUCUUCCAACAUGCUGAACCAAGCUCGUCUUAAGGUUCUUAAAGUCCGAGAAGACCAUGUUCGCAGUGUAUUGGACGAAGCACGUCGCCGCUUAGGUGAAGUCACAAAAAAUCCUACAGAAUACAGGGUUGUUCUCCAAAAACUCAUUGUUCAGGCUUUAUACCAGACCAUGGAAGCUAAAGUCAUCUUGCGUUGCCGUCAAGUUGAUCUAGCUUUGGUCAAUGAAGUAUUACCACCUUCUGUAGAACAAUACAAGGCCAACAUUGGAAAGGAUGUUGUUAUUUCGGUUGAUACUGAAAACUUUUUGCCACCUGAUACAUGUGGAGGAGUAGAAUUGAUUGCUUUGAAUGGAAGGGUUAAGGUACCAAAUACUUUGGAAUCUAGGUUGGAAUUGAUUUCCCAGCAACUUGUUCCAGAAAUUCGUAAUGCACUGUUUGGUACAAAUCCCAACCGUAAAUUCACAGAUUAAAUUAUUUCUAUAUUUUUUUUUCUUUGUUUUGUUUAUUUUUUUGUUUCUCCAAUAAGUCUUUAUGUAUAUUUUUAAAAAUUUUAACAACAGUCAACAAAAGGAUCCGUUAAUCAAAGAGCAUAACUACAUUAUUAUAUCUUAUACAUAAACGUUCAUUAAAUUUAUUAAAAAAAAAGAGUCAGAGUAAAAUCUUAAAGUAAAAAUUGGAAAAAUACAAAAAUAUAAUUAUCAUACUUAAGUAUAUCGACUAUAUGUAGAUAAAAAAUAAAAUGUUUUAAAAAAAUUACACCUUUAUCAAAAAAACAAAAACAAAAAAUAUGUAUACAUACACGUGAAUAUUUAAUGUAAUUCAGCAACAGGUUUGUGUUCAUUCUUUUUUCUCCUAAUCAAAUAUUAUAUUGAUAUCAUAAACAUUCCUGUUAAAAAAAAUGAAAAGAAGUUUUAAAUUUCUCUAAAAAAAUAUCUUUAUAUAUUUGUAUCUAACAUUUAUAAAUUGUUUUGUUAUUUUCAUUAAUUUUUUUUUAUUGAUCUUUUGUUGUCUAUUAUUAAGAAAUAUUUUUUUUAUUUUUGUCAUUUCGUUAACCUUGUUUUUGUUAAGCUGUAGUAUGGAAGGCAGAAAUUUAUUGUCUUGGUUUAUUGUAAAGAGAAGGAAAAACAGUUUAUAUAUUGUUGCAAUUUCAAACUUCUUGCCAGGAAAUCAGCAUCAGUAUGUUUUGCCCAUUGGAAUUCUGGAAAAUAUAAUAUUCCUCUGAAAUAACAUCAUAUCAGUGAUGAAUUCCUCCGGUCAAAAUGUACUUUUCUGGUGAGUUGUUUGGGUUGUAUGCAAUCAAAAAACAAAAAAUGUAAAAAAAAAGUUGUUAAUGCGCGUUUUAUAGACAAUUGUACACGUUUUUAUCUUUAUCUAUCUAUCAUCUACGCCUCAAAAAAAUUCGGCAAGUAUGUGUGUUUUGCUGUUGUUUUCAUUGAAAUAGAGUUCUCAGCCAAAUUUAACUUCUCUUUACAAAAAAGCUAAGCGAUUGAAUGAAUUCCUAACAUACAAACAGUUUAUUUUCUUCCUUAAUUGUGUAUUUUUUUGUUCUUCCACUUCAAAAUAAAAAUUCGUUUGUUUGUUCUUUAAAAUCCA